GUUAUCAAGACUUUAAAGCGAGCCCUUCAGCCUGUCAUCGCAGAUGUGGGCGUGGCCUGGGAGCUAGAAAGCGGCUACACUGUGCACCAGAUCCCCUCAUCUCUCCCACCGCUAUUCAGUGGAGAUAGGCUCGUGGUGUAUGGUGUUCUAAAGGUGUCUGAGAACGCAAAUGAUAGCAACAGUAUAAACGUAGUCAGGCUUCAAGGAGCUAUAGAAAACGGUGGUCAACUGGAUCAUAAGAUUGCGUUCACAACCUCGGCAGUAGAUGACAGCUUGAAUACUGAUAACAAUGAAGCUGACGUAAAUGUAAAUCAUCUUCAUCUUUUAGCCGCCAAAACUACCAUCCAGGAAAAACAAGACGAGUUUAACGAGUCCAGGGACUACGGGCAAGUGUCUGAGGAAGCAAAGAGCUACAUAAUCAGCAUUAGCAAGUUGGCCAAUGUUGUGUCACAGCUCACCUCCAUUGUAGCCGUUGACAAAGACAGUCGCGAACCUGUUUCUGGACCACUACAUUACCAUGAGUUACACGAGGUUUCACAGUAUUGCGGCUUGGAUUCCGCAAUGGUUGAAUAUUCAAAACGAUCUUAUAGGGGCAAAACAAAAGGGGGUUUUGGUUGUUUUAGCUUUAGGAGCAAAAAUAGUCCAAAUAAAGCUAGUAAGGGAAAGUCCAAGGUAAAGUCAAAAGGAUUUUUGUCAGCGCUAUUUGGAAGUUUACGAAAGAAAUCGAAGGGAACAGUAGCAUCAGCGGAACCUUCAUCAAAAGGUGCAACAUCAGCUGAACCAUCAUUAAAAGGCGCAGCAUCACUGGAACCAUCAUCAAAAGGCGCAGCAUCAACUGAACCUGUGGUCUCUGAUGUUGAAGAACGAUCCGAAGACGAUGACAAUUUAUCUCUCGGCAGGGAAUCGCGUCGCCCGAAUUCUAAAGAUCCUUCAACAAGUAUGUGGAAGAGCUCCCCAUCCCCUCAAAAGAGUCCUCAAUCUGCCUUGACCAUUAUCGGAUUACAGAAAGCGUCAGGGCCUUGGGACCUCACAGAGCAGCUGGUGUCCCUGUGUGGUAUGAGUAGAGAUGAUUUGAUCAAAGGGUGUCCAGAAGAGAUUGCAGCUGACACAGCUGAAGGAAAGCUGUUGUGGGCUACCGCCCUGGCUCUGGUGCUGCUGAUGGGAAAAUACUCGAAUCAAAAAGAUGAGUGGGAAAUGAUCGCUGAAAAAGGCAAAAAAUGGCUGAAGAAGAAUCUUCCAUCAACUGACACAUUCACUAAAGUGCUAAACAUUGCAGCAGCUGUGGUUGGGGUUCAAGAUAUUCCUGAACUGUGA